AUGGGAACAGCUGUACACGCCGGCCUCGGCCCUCGCCGAGAGAGUAGCAACACCCUGCGGGAGCCGGAGCCUUUGGCUGAAGCAGCGUUCCUCAGCCUUUUGCUGAAACUUUCUCGUUUCCUUCCUCCUGGCCAGUACAAGGCUGGCUUCAAUGUUAUGGAGAAUUUUGCCUGUGUAUUCCUCUAUGUACCUGUGAAUUCAGAUAGUUCACGGUAUUUUGAAGACCCUACUGAUGAAACUCAAGGAGAACCAUAUUUUGAUGACACUGACUCAGAUUUGGAAGGAAGUUCAACUUCACUUCUAUAUGAUAAUGAAGAAAGCAGUGAAGAACCUCAGGUCAUGGAAAGCUCUGCCCCACCUGCAGAAGAAAUACAGGAGGAAGUUAAGAAGAAAAUGUCAAUUAAUUUCUACUACAAUUACAUGGAUCUAGUUUCGAAGCCUUUCAUUACUUCAGAUUCAGUCGUACCAUGGGAUGUUCUCACACUUGUACAUUCCUUUGGUUAUGACUGCCGAAAGCGGGCCAACCUACAACUCUUAGACAACAGAACCAUCUUGUUUGUAGCUGGGAACCAACUGGUCUUUCUGGAUUUGGUAACCAAGGAACAGUCGUAUCUGCAAAGUUGCAGUGGAAAAGGAAUUGGUGUCAUUGGGGUUCACCCUGAAAAAACUUACUUCACAGUAGCUGAAAAAGGAGAUUAUCCAGAUAUCAUCAUCUAUGAAUAUCCUUCCCGGAGGCCCUACAGAAUCCUUCGAGAUGGGACCAGACAUGCGUAUGCUUCCGUGGACUUUGACUGCUAUGGCCACAUGCUGGCCUCUGUUGGGGGCAGCCCUGAUUACACCAUGACCAUCUGGGACUGGAGAGAAGAACAGCCCAUACUGAGGACGAAAGCUUUUUCCCAGGAUGUGUUUAAGAUUACUUUCAAUCCUGAAAACGAUGAGCAGCUUACUACAGCAGGAUCAGGCCACAUCAAGUUCUGGCAAAUGGCUCAAACAUUCACUGGUCUUAAGCUUCAGGGUUCCUUGGGUCGUUUUGGUAAAACAGCGACUACUGACAUAGAAGGUUAUGUGGAGCUCCCUGAUGGGAAGGUGCUCUCAGGUUCAGAGUGGGGCAACCUGCUGGUUUGGGACUUUGGACUCAUCAAAGUGGAGCUCUGUCGCUCUGGCCGGAAAUCCUGUCACCAAGGUUCCAUUAACCAGAUAAUGCUGGACGAGGGGGAAGUUAUCACUAUUGGGUCUGAUGGAUGGAUUAGGAUAUGGGAUUUUGAGACAAUAGAUACUGCUGAUAUGAUCGAUGAUACUGGAUUACUAGAGAUUGAGUCCAUUAAUGAGCUUCAAGUAGACAAGAAUGUCAAACUCUUCUCCAUGAUAAAAAUUGAUCAAGUUGGAAAUAACGUUUGGUUGGCUCAGGAUGCCAAUGGAGCCAUAUGGAAGCUUGACCUCAGUUUUUCAAAUAUUACUCAAGAUCCAGAAUGCCUCUUCUCCUUCCACUCUGGGCCCAUCGAGGCCCUGGCUGUCUCUCCUCUCACUUACCUCAUGGCCACCACUGCCUUGGACUGCUCUCUUCGAAUCUAUGAUUUUGCUGGUAAAACUGUUUUGACUCAAAUGAAAUUCAAACAAGGAGGUACUGCCCUUGCUUGGGUACCUGAAAUUGUGAGCUUCACUGGAGCACAUAUUAUCAUAGGAUUUGAAGAUGGGGUUGUUCGAAUUCUUGAAAUCUAUGAUCCAAAAAAUCUCCAACUUUUUUCAGGACGGAAGAAAAUUGCAGAUGCAGAAAUUCGUUUGAAACGUGCUGUGAAACCCCACACUGAUCGUGUCACUGCUUUAGCUUUUGAACGUGAGGGAGAUAUUUUAGCUACAGGGAGUAGGGAUCAAACAGUAUUCUUCUUUGAUGUGGAAAAAGAUUACAAACCAAUUGGUUAUAUUACUACUCCUGGACCCGUUUCUCAUUUAAUAUGGUCUCCAGUCACACAUCCUGAAAGUACUUUACUUAUUAUCUGUGAGAAUGGCUAUGUUCUUGAAGCUCCACUUCCAGAAAUAAACUCGGAAGAAGAUGAUUACAAUGUCGGCUCCUUUGAAAUCAAAGACAUGUGCUUAAAGUAUUUCCACUUCUCAAGUGUCAAGUCUAAAAUUCUGAGAUCCAUAGAGAUGGAAAAGAGAAAGAAACUGAAAGAACAGAAAGAGAAAGAAAGAGAAGAAAGGAGACAGCAAGCAAGAGAGAUGGGAGAAAAUGCAGACAAGGAGAUUAGUGACGAUGACAUGGAGAUGGAGGAGGAAGAGGAGCCAUUACCCCCAAUCUACAUCCCACCCACCCCCUGUCAGAUUCUUUCUGGAUUUUACUCUGAGCCAGGAAAGUUUUGGGUUUCUUUGGGUGGCUAUGAUUCUGGUUUUCUCUAUCACUGUGAAUUCCCCCCAUAUGACAAAGAUAGUGACAUUACAGAAAAGAAAGAUGAACCUUUUGAUUACCGUUUCCUUGAGGAUGCAGAGGGUAAUCCAAUUCAAACUAUAAUUUUCAGCGUUAGCCAGAUGAUGAUGUUUUGUGGCAUGCAGAAUGGAGCAAUUCGUGUGUACAUCCUCGAGGAGCAGAGUCCUUCACUGAGCACCCUGACGGACUACUGGCACUUAGGGGUGCAUGAUAACGACUAUGGAUGCAUCAAAGCCUUAGCUACUAGCUUUGAUGACCGAUUCUUGGUGACUGUCGGAGCAGAUAGUAAUAUCUUUGUUUUCGAUAUUAUUUCUCAAGUUGAGUUAGAGAAAGGCAUCAAAGCCAAAGUGCCGCCUCCCAGGUUUGGAAUUGAACAAGAGACAAUUGUAGAAGAUAUUGAUGAUCCCAAAGCCUACAGUAUUGAAAAUGCAAGAAGAAAAAGAGAACAUGACAAGAUAAUGAAAGAAGUGGAAGAAAUAAAGGCUAAGAAGAGAGAAAAACUCAAAAACUUGAGGGCUGAAUUUCAGGAACUACUACAAAUAAAUGAGGAAUUACCAGAACAUAUGAAAUUUAAACGAACAGACUUUGACAUAGAUUCCAGAAUUCGUGCAGAGAUCAAUAGCAAAACAGUUCACAAGAUUCAACAGUUGGAAAAAGAAUUAGCUUGGGAAAAAGAGAAACAUUACCUUGGCCUAGUGAAGCUACAGAAUAGAUUUCGUGAUUCACUGGAGAGUGAUGUUAUUGUGGUCUGUGCCAUACAAAGUAAUCACAAGAUAACGUCCUAUAGACUUGUAAAGCCUUCCAAGUAUUCCAAAGCCAAGCGGUCAAGUCUAGCAGAGAGAAGAACCAGUAAAUUUGAAAGGUUUGAUAAAGAUGGAAUUGGAAGAAGGGACAGUAGAAAAGAAUCAGGAGGUUCUGAGAGUGCUAGAACUGACUCAAUUAUACAAGAGGGGAAAAAAUUACGGCCUAGAACUUUAAGUGAAAUUAUGGUGAACAAUCAAAUUGAGAGAACAAGAAGACUUAUGCUAAAAGCUGAAAAGGCCCAACAGAAGAUUCAACAGAGAGAAAAGGAAUGGGAAGAACUGUACAGGAGUAAGCCUGAUGAUGACUAUGAAGAUCCCAAAGAUAUUCAAGCCAUCAAAGAGGCCCAGAUGUAUAUGGGAGAUUUUAAUCUGAAGACAGCUUCAGACUAUAAGAUACCUGAGCACAUGCGAAUAAAUGCUGCCAAAAAGGAAGAGGAGCUGGGACACCUAGACUCUGUGGUCCACUUAAAGAAAAUGCAGAUGAAUAAGAGUAUUGUCUCACUUAGAGACCUUAAAGUGGCCGUCAUUGAAGAAAUACAGUGCCUCGUACAAGAACUGAAGAAUAUUCAAUUGACUCUUCACGUAUCCAAACAUCUACCCAUUCCUGAAAUCCCCAAGAUCUACCCAGAAGAAAUCCCAGAAAAGAGAUUUCAAUAUAAUGAUGACAUUCUCCUGGCUUUCAAGAAUGAGCAGAUGAAAAAACAAGAUGAAAAAGACACCAGCUCAGAGCAGCCAUUGUCCUCGGGUCCAGAGGAAAAGUUCCGGAAAUCAACCCUUGGAAGGGAUGGUCACAUAACAAGACGUGAUUCAGUGUUGAAGGGAUCAAAGGGAUCAAUAUUCAAUACAGAUAUUCCAAAGUUUUUGGAAUUUGAAGCAGUAGAGCCAACUGAUGUGGAGCUGGAGAUUACAAAGAGGGAUGAGAUUAAACAGAUUUACAUGCAGCAGUAUUUGAUGGACAGGAUCCAAGAACUGAUUGUCACAUUUGAUGCAGAACUUUGUCUCCUAAGACAUCAGAAACUGAAGCUAGAUACUCAGAUAAAGUUAUCUGACCUGCACCAUCUCACACUAUUUCAAGAAAUGCUGCUCCUCAAGAAUUUUGAAAAAGAGGAGAAUAUACUUCAAGAGCGUGUUAAUUCAUUAGACAAGGAGGAGCAGGAUAUGCAAUGGAAAAUAAAUGAUACUUUUAAAGAGAUGGAAGAAAAAAAGAAUGAAAUUGCCAGACUCCUGGAGCAAGAAAAGGCGCUGUAUGCUAGUUUCCAAACAGCCCUUGGGGAAAACAAUAAAUUUGCUAACUUCCUCAUGAAAGUUCUGAAGAAGAGGAUUAAAAGAGUGAAGAAAAGGGAAGUUGAAGGAGAUGCUGAUGAAGAAGAGGAAAGUGAUGAAUCAAGUGAAGAAGAAUCCAGCAUGGAAAGUGAUGAGGAUGAAUCUGGAUCUGAAGAUGAAGUUUUUGAUGAUUCUAUCUGCCCAACAAAUUGUAAUCCAGCUCUUUUUGAACUGGCCCUUCAACUUCGAGAGAAAAGAUUGGACAUUGAGGAGGCUUUAGUUGAAGAAAAGAAAGCCUUGGAUAACCUCAAAAAGGAACAUGACACAUUGUCCAAAAAAAUAAAAGUUGUGGGAACUAAUCUGAAUGCUGCGGAAGGGGCCCUGGAGGCCUACCAGAGAGAGAAGCAGAAGCAGCUGAAUGAACUGCUGGUUGUGAUUCCACUCAAACUUCACCAGAUAGAGUAUUUGACAUUUGGAGAAAUACCUACUGAUCUUUCUGGAGCUUUGGUCUUUUCUAACUCCUCCUUGAGUCGGCUACAAGAACGAAUUGUACAGCUUCAUGAGGAAAAUAUCAAGCAGAACAAACUUAACAAAGAAUUCCGGGAGAGGCGCAAAAUGCUUAUUCGAGAAAAGAGAGAGAUGGCAAAAAAUAUACGUCAAAUGGAAGAAACAGUGCGUAACCUAAUGAUCAGCAAGUUUGGCCGUGUGGUAAACCUGGAAGCCCUUCAGACACUCUCUGUGAAUACAACACUUGAAGAACUGAAGAUCAAAAAACUUCGAAAGGAGCUCUCAAAUGCAAAGGAAUUGAGGCAGUGGGAGGAAAAGAUUGCUCAAGUGCGACAUGAAGUGAUGAUGAAGACACAAGAACACACCAAAAAGCUUCAUCAGAUGAUUGAGUUAGGUGUUGAGAAGAAGGAGCUUGAUUCUCGGCUGAAUACACUACAGAACCAGCAGGGCAACGCCUUCCAGGGGCCGAGGAAAGCAGACAUUGUGGCAAGAGAGAAGACCAAACUGUUGAUCAAAUUCCAGGCAGAAAGGAUUUCGGCCUUAAAGAAAGAGAUUGCUCAGUUACGUCGGAAAGGCGGUCUCAUCCUUCCCCCCAUUCGCGCUCCACCACAGAAGUAGAGGCAGCCAUUGGGACUUUGACACAUUCUUUUUCCUUUUCAAAUCCAUUCAGAAUGUCUGACAUACAAGUCAGCAAAGUUUUGCUUCUCUGUCACUUAUGUCUUAAUUUUAGAGCAAACUUAUCUAAAUACAUAAAAAGCCAGUCAAUUCAGGUAGUCUCAAUUUUUCUGUUUAGUUAUCUGAGCACUGACUACAAGGCCUAAUACCUGUCAUGGAGUUGAACUAUUUUAGAUUUGGAACCAAAUGGACUUAAUACUCAGUCUUAGAAGGCUGCAUCUCAAAAGUGCAAGAAAGAACAUAUAAUGUAUCUCAAUUUCGGAAAACUUGCUUUGGGUUAUCUGCAGUUCUUGGUCCCUUGGCCAGGGGAAAACCAUCAUUCAGCAAUCCAUGAGAAAACUUCCCUUUUUCCUGGGAAAGUCAACUUUGAUGUUAUUAUGUUUUUCGAGGACACAAGAAAAAAGACAAACUAAUUUUCCAAUAAAGAUGUUAGAAUAAGAAGUGCACUUUAGAAUUCUGACAUUAGACUUCAGGAAACACAGGUAAAUAAAAUUCUGAAGGAGCAGAAAGCAAUAAAGAACCUGCCUUAUGAAUCAACCAGCGCUAGCAAAUGCCUCCAUUCUGGGUGGAACCAGCAGAGUGGGUUUUGCAAAAUGAUCUAUGAAAGAGGCUUUGCUCUGAAGGUCUGACCACGGAUUUCACAUUUCCACGGUUCUUGGAGUCCUAUUUUCUUUCACGUUCCACUCGGUGUGUUCCACUUGCUAUUUUGGGUACAGGCCACUAAUGAAAAGUAGACUUCCGCCACAUAGAGACAACACUAGCACACUAAACACACACGCACUUCUGCUCAUGCCUAACCCUGAACUCUCCUUGGAGCUUGCAUCUGAGCUUGGCAUGAGCAGCCUCUGGAAAUCAGAGCUGCACCCACCGGAGCAUGACCUCGAAGAGCUCAGCACUUUCC